AUGACACCUCGAACGAAAAACUACCGUCCACCUCGUCGACGGCCGGCGCAUCUGCGCACGAAGACUGGCUGUCUCACAUGCAGGAAGAGGAAGAAGAAGUGCGAUGAGACUCCCGGGACGUGCUCUAAUUGCGCCCGACGAUGGCUCUCCUGCGAAUGGCCUGCGAACCUCUGUGGCAAUCAAAAACAGACCCGAUCUGAACACCGGUCGACCAGCAAGGCCCAUUCAGAGCAUUCCCCUCAAGCUUCUAUCAAUGAGUGGCAUGUUAACCAACAUGGAAUUGUGGUGGACUAUGCACCCAGCGAUUCUCCUUCUUGGGAUACUGAAGGAGGAAGCGAUGGACUUCUUUCUCCCACCAACACCACUACUCCAAGUAGCCAGAAUGACUAUACAAUGACUACCCAUAAUAGCCCUCCAUCUAUCCUCAACUAUAUCUCCCCAUUGAUUUGUCUAUCACCCGCCAUAACCCCUGCCAGCGCUCCUUUGUUUGAGUUCCUAAGGGCGGUGUUUCUACCGCAGUUAAUCCGGCCAAUGGCCCAUGAUGCUGUCAUCAGAUCUGCCGCCAAUAAUUCAUUGACGCUGGCAUUACGUACCCCCUUCUACAUGCAUGCCCUUCUCGCAUGCUGCGGUGCAGAAAUACCGGUGGACGACAUUUACUCACAGACGCAUUUCCAGAAGCUGGCCCGCAUGCAUUACGUCAAAGCGAUAGCAGGACUACGCGAAAGUCUCGACAGUGGCAUGUUCGAUGCUGCGAACACAGCAAUCAUUCGAACAUCCUUGAUCUUGUGUAUCUAUGAGAGAUCUAAACCGCGCCUCUCAAGGGGCGUGGAUGCUCAUAUACUUGGCCUCGCGCAGUUGAUCCAGUUACGCUUUCAACAUAACCAAACAACUCCCGAGCUGCAAUCAGACGAGGAGACCAACACGUCUCGUGUAAUAUUAGAAGCCUUCAUAUUCCAUGCGACUACGAGCAUUCCGUUUCAACAAACGAUCAAGCCGCCCGAGCCUGUCGAGACGGCCCUUUCCCUGGCCGAAACUAAACUUCAAGAAAUGUACAGAUGGAAGGAACCGGUCUACCACGAAUCGCCGGUUCUUGGAGCCCCACCGAAGCUGUUUGUAUAUGCUCGGGAGAUUGCACUGAUGCAUGAGCGAUCCUCUGCCGAAGGCAUCGAUGUCGCAAGAUGCCACGAGCUACAACGGCUAUUGAGCCGCCUCAGCGAUUGUGGGAUUGAGGAGCCGCAUCCCCCGUCCGAGACCGAUUGGUUGGCCCCAACGACAUAUACGCCGCUUCUGUUAGGUCCAAGACUAUAUAUCAUUGUUUCCAAGAUACUUUUGGAACAUAUGAUUAACAACAACUCGGCCACAGCUGGCAGCGACCUUCCAGAGUUAGUCAGGGAAGUUAUGUUGAACUCAGAGAGGAUUGGUUCAGCAGGACCUAUACUCGAUCCGCUUCCUGCACUGCAUCUCUGUGAAAGCACUCUGAAAUUCCUUGCCUUUAGCUGUGCGCUCUUGUCUCCAGCUGGGGAAUUAAACCAGUCGGUUGAAGGCCUACCUGUGGAAUAUACCAAUCUUAACCACAUCUACGACACACUACGACUGCUGAGAGGCGGUUUGAAAGGCAUGCUUACUAAUGAAUGGUCCACCGAUGAAUCCAUAUCAUACGGAGAUUUUGAACUUCAGAACCUGGCGCAGUGUUGUCUGGGAAUAUGUGAAAAAUUACUUGUUACAGUUAACCAGCUAAGAUCUCAUGACAGCUCCCCAAGCACCGUCAGGUCUUUCCAUGAGGCACUGCGAGGGGUCUGGAACGCGAAACAAGUUGAAGCUCUAGAGGAAGGGUUACUGGUGUGUAGAAGGCAAGCGAUGCGAGUUGUCAUGAUUGUUCUAAGAGAUGAUCAAUCUAGCAUCUUAGAAGAGAUACAAAGUCUAAAGAACCGGAAUCGACAAAUAGACGUGAGUCGAACGAGAUGGCUUGCGGACAACUUACAAACCCUUAGCGACGUAAGGUAUCAAGCGGCCGAGGAGUACAUAGGGGAUCUGCUGUCUGGCGUGGCGAACACCGUCAAUCUAGACCAGCUUAGUUCUAUGGCCUGUAAAAUGACACAUGUUGUGCAAAAAGCAUCAAAAGUCGCCUUUGUGCAGAGAUUCCUCACGACACUCCACUUUCGAUCCAUCAGAGACCGCCAUGCGAGAAUCACGAGGGCCCACGAGAAGACCUUUGUGUGGGUCUUUCCAAGGGAUAUAAACGAGACAGCCCAUCGUUUGCCUAGACCAACAAUCCUUCCAUGGCUGCGGGGACAAGACGGCAACAUAUAUUGGGUCUCUGGUAAAGCAGCGUCAGGAAAGUCAGCUCUGAUGAGAUAUCUACUCGCUCACCCGCAGACCCAGGAGAAUCUCAGAUCCUGGGCUGGAAGUGAGAAGCUGGUUAUUGCCAGCCACUUCUUCUGGGGUGCAGGAAACACUAUGCAAAGGUCCAAGAUUGGCUUGCUCCAGUCUCUCCUCUACGGUAUAUUCACCCAGAGUCCGGACCUGAUUCCUAUCGUAUGUCUGCGAAGGUGGGAGGCGACAAUGUUAGGUGAACACGGGGACAGCCCGUGGUGUAUGGAAGAGCUAUUAGAGACGUUUGAAUGUUUAUUUAGCCAAACCGCUAUCCCAACCAAAUUCUGUUUUUUCAUCGACGGUCUGGACGAAUGCACAGGAGAGCACUCCGAGGUGAUCGAACUCUUAAACUCUCUUGUUCACUCGAACGUCAAGAUGUGUCUCUCCAGCCGGCCAUGGCAGGUGUUUGAAGACGCAUAUGGAGUAUCAGCAGACCGGAAGUUGUACUUGGAAAGGCACAACCGCGACGAUAUCCACGAUUACGUUCGAAGUGAACUCGAACAACACCCAGCGUGGGGGCCACUUGUUAAAAUCAAUUCGCAGACUUAUGAGAUUGUUGCUGAAAUUGCCGAUCGGGCUCAGGGUGUCUUUCUCUGGGCCGUUCUGGUCGUGCGCUCCUUCGGCGAAUUGUUGAGUAACGGUGAUACUUUGUUCUUCUUGCAGAAAAAGCUCCACAUGAUCCCGGUCGACCUUGAACAGCUGUUCGAAUUCAUGCUUGGAUCAGUAGAUCCGAUUUAUACUUCUUAUGUUUGCUAUACAUUCAAGGUCGCAUCAAGUGCCCCUGAGCCCCUACCCGUGCAGCAAUAUGUGUCCUUCGAAAAACAAAUUGAAGGUGAAAAUAAUAUCCAUCAACAGAAGAAUGAACCUCUCACUUACAGAGACAUCUUACUACGGGUUGAUCCACUUAAAAGACAACUGAAGAACAUGUGCAAAGGACUACUGGAGGUGUAUUGUCGACGUAAUGAGGAGGACCUGCAGCGCUACCGGGUGGACUUCUUGCACAGAACCGCUCGGGAAUUCUUCAAAGGAAAUGAAAUAGUGCAAGAUACGCAUGCCAUUGGUUGGGACUGA